CAUUCACAGCUACAUCCGCUACAGUCAACCUGACACGUCCACUUCACUGUACUGUGAGGAGGACGAAGCAUCUAGAGAACUGUAAGUCUACAGAUUGAUCCACCACGAUGAAGAUGGUUCUGACUCUCACUCUCAUCUGGAUUCUCUCCAGCACAACUGAAGCUCUACGAUGUCUGCAGAGGAACAAUUAUACAACAACAGAAGAGACGUGUUCCUCCCCUGAUCAGUUGUGCGCAACUACUGCCCGUCGAGAUGUCAAUGUAGGUCCAGACCAAGGUGUUAAUGAAGGUGUGUCCAGGGGCUGCGAGCCGCCCUCUUUCUGCACUAUGAUGACAUUUUCAUAUAAAGUUGGCUCAGCGAUUUCUGCUUUAUCUACUCGUUGCUGCAACACUGAUCUCUGCAACGAUGAUGAUUUUCCUUACCCUGAUGUGACCACAAAAAAUGGCUUGCAGUGCAUCAGCUGCGUGGAACCUAUAGAUCCUGAAUGCAAACUGAUAGAGUGUGUGGGUGAACAGGACCGGUGCUUUCAGUUAUUUGCAGAAGACAAUCAUGCCCGCGGUUGUGCAUCAGCAGGAUUUUGUGAAUUUCUUAAUCAGAGUAGUCAAAUGAGCAAUUCUGAUUUCACCAGAGCACCAAUAUGUAAUUCAGCCGGAAGGUCAAACUGAGCGUUGCCCCGUUGCUGCUUGGUCUCGUUGUCCUUGUCGUCCUUUAGAACCAGAGCUGAGAGACGAACUGAAAAGAUUUCACACAUACUCACACCAGCAAAUAAAAAACACCCCUCUGGAACUACAAGAGAAGAAGUCUGUUAAAACAAACAAAACAUGUAUGACAUUUAAAUUAAAUAGAACAGAACAGAACAGAACAGAAUAGAAUAGAAUAGAAUAGAAUAGAAUAGAAUAGAAUAGAAUAGAAUGCCCUGUAUUGUCAUUACACAUUGUACAAUGAGAUUGGAGAGCAUCUCCUUUUCCGUGCAAAACACAAGUAUAUGCAAAUUAGUGCAACAAGAUAUUAUUUAAAAGAGCAGUGGUAAAAAUGCAUACGUGUAUUGCACAAGGUUAGAAACAGAUAAGUAACAAUGUAAAGGUUUCCAUUAGAAAAUAAAUGUUGGUAAAUAUUUAAAUGAGUUCUAAUUAGAGAAAUGAACAUUUGACCAGUAAAUAACUUCCUGGUUAUUGCUGGUAGAGAAUCACUGACUGGUCACAGCUCAACAGUUAAUUAUAUUUUACUGUGUUCUGCUUUUAAGAGAAAUCCAGUCAUCUUUGUUCUGUUUCCAGCACGUGUUCCACCUUUCACCUGGAUCACAUUUGUUGCUAUUGUUGCCAUAAUAAAGCUGUUCCUAGAUGAUCUAUUAAACUCAGUGUUUUUAUUUGCUUUGCUUAUCAGUCUUAACUUUAUUUCCAUCAGUAAAAACUUGCUGCUGAGAUGAGUUCUGGACAAAGGCCACCCUGAUGCAUCAGUCAAUAAGCAGAAAGGAGAUUGAUCCUCAAGUAACCCGAAUGACAAUCACACAGUCUGUCCACUGGUUUCCAGAGUAACACAACAUGAGAACUAAACUCAGAAAUAAAAGGUCAGAAACUAAACUGAAUAAAAGUGGCCUCAGCUCUUCGUUGUUAUGCUCCAUAAGUUUAAAAAGACGAAACCCAAGUGGCGUGUUUCUGUUGAAAGGAAACAGAAGUCGACCAAGUCUGAACUCACUAGUCACCAUUAAUUAACUCGUAUCAGCUUAGAAGUUGAACAUCCUCCCUGUGAGGACUUCGUGCCUCUGUAAUCUGUGACCUUAUCUGCUUUCUUUUCUCAAACUGGAGCUACUGACGUCAAAUUGAUUAAAAAAGGAUAAGGAGGUACCUUAGCUAUACAGUAUGUGAUAAACUGUAAUAAACUGUAAUAAACUAAAGACAGUUUUUGUAUCAGGCCAGACUUCUCUUUCUUCCUAGAGGUCAUGAAUGUGUGGUGUGUGAACUGGUGUGGACUUAUUUUGUCAAAGCCUGUUCCUGUUUGAAUGGGAUUUAAUGAGGUAACCUCCAUAAUGACACUGGGUUGUGACUCUUUAGUUUGAUAAAUAAUUGCUGCAGACUCAUCAACAUACAUCAGUCAGCCAUAACAUUAAAACCACCCAGCGGUGAUGGGGAUGGAAAGUUUCCCAGGACCUCCAAGCACUGAUAGAUCAUUAGUCUGUCUUUCCAAUGCAAAGCUUUGCUAGAAUACAUGUAGCGUCAGAUCGUGUGUCCAGUGAGUUUCUAUUACAAUAAACAGAAAAUGCACCGUGUGCUAAACAUUAUAUCAUUUAUAGAUACCUUUUAGUAGAACAUUAAUGGAUUAUUAUUGUACCACACCCAACUAAGCAGCAUAUAAACAGGAUGAAAUGAGAUUCUGGAUUCAAAGAGUCCAGACCAGAGCUACAUGAUGAGGUGAGCAGCUGAUUCUGAUGCUAUUUACUUUUGCUUUUCUCUCCUUUACCCGUCUUUCCUCAGUUUUCUCCUCAUUGGCUUUAAUUCCUUUCUUUCUUUCUUUCUUUCUUUCUUUCUUUCUUUCUUUCUGUGAUCUUGUUUGCCACACUGUAAUAUUUGUCAUUUUAUUCUCUAUCAGUGCUGCUCAGAGUUGCUCCAAGCUGGAGGCCCUUCAGAGCCACUUCACCUGGAAUCUGGACUCCAGCAGGUCCAAACUAUUUAGGCUCAGAGAUGUACUACAGGACAUUGGCACCAAUGAAGGAAACAGCUGGCUGGGUCACAUUUACAACCUGCAGGGAUUCAUCCACUAUCAGCUGGGCUUCAUCAAAGAGGCCAAGAGCUUCUUCAGCAGGGCCACUGAGGCCUUCCACCAGAUGAGGAACACAGUCUCAGAUGGUCCCUGGUUGCUGGUGAACUAUGGGAACCUGGCUUGGAUGCAUCACCACCUGGGAGAACAAGCAGAGAGUGAGCGUUACCUGUCAAAGGUCCACGCCCUGAUGAAGGAGUACCCAUCUCCAUCUGUCGACGAGCUGCAUCCAGAGAUCUACGCUGAAAAGGCCUGGACCCUGAUGACGUUCUGUGGAGACAAAAAGCAUCUGGCUGUAGAUUACUUCCAGAGAGCCAUCAGGAUGCAGCCAGACAGGGUGGAGUGGCAGACCAGCCGAGUGUUAGCAUUCGUAAGUGUCUGUAAACACAGUGGCAACGAGCUGGGAGCUGACAUCUUGGAAGAAAUGAAAAAAGCCAAAGAACGUGAUCCAGAGAACUUGUACCUUGCUGCUCUUUACCUUGAGGAAUGUGCUGAUAGAGGAACAAACGUUAAAGAAGAAGCACAUGAGUUGGCCGAAAGGAUUUUAAGUAGACCAGUUAGCAGCUACAACGGGUUCACACCAUUACUGAGGCUGUACAGACGCUUUUCUAUGGAUAAAGGUAUUCAUUUUGUAGAGGAGGCUCUGAAGAGACAUCCAGAUGAGCGUUACUUCAAGAGAUGUGCUGUAUUCUGCUACAGAGAGAAGAUUUUAUCAAACAGGAAGUUUCCUCUGGAGCCCAGCAUGAUCAACAGAGCCAUCAACCUCUGUGAGAAAGUCAUUUCUCUCUAUCCUAAUUCUUCACUAAAAAGGCAAAUAAAUCUUGCAAACUUAUAUGCAGAGUCAAAACGCCAAGAUGAAGGGAACCAGAUAUUCAAAGAUCUGCUAAAAAGGGACCUGGAAGACAAAGAGAAACAGAUGGUUUACAACGGCUAUGCAAAGUUUUCAUAUUUCAGCCUAAAGAAGGAACAAGAGUCGAUAAAAUACCACAUGAUGGCAGCAGAGAUACCACAAGAAUCCUCCUUCAGGAAGGACAGCAUCAGGAACCUGGAGAAGAUCAGAGACAGAAACCGUAACCGAAGAGAAAUAGAGGAGUUUCUGGCCAAACUGCAGCGCUGAGAGCUGAUGAUAAAGAUGGAACAACACUGGGGAUAAAUCAGGAAGAUGUUGAUUUUCACAGCCUGAGGAAUAAGUUUAAUAUGAUCCUUUUAUCAAAGUGUUGAAGUUGAUUAAAAUGUAACUUUUAGAGAAAAUGAUGUAAAUGAUGUUAAACACUUAAAUUCUCUCCUGAACAAUGAUCCUGUUUUCAAAGCCUGAUACAGUUUAAAACUUAUUUACUGAUUAUAUGUUAAUGUUGCUUCAUGUCAUCAUAUUUUCUUAUUGAUCAAAGUCUAUGAGUAACCUUCACUUUCUUUAACAUUAGUCUUGUGUUUAAUCCUUCAAUUUUCUUAUGCUCAUUUGUGUUUUUUCAUUUUACAUCAAACUGUCAAAAUUAAAAAAAGUGAAAGAAAAUCUUGAAACAUUGUUAAAUGAUAAAAAUAAAAAAUAACAAUGAUAAAACCAUAAGAAAAUCCAGUUAAGUGUUCAUUUUUUUCUGCUUCUGUGAUAAACUCUUGACCGAACACAACUCUCUGUGCAGCUCCCAGGAUUUAACAAACAGUGAUAUGUUUAUUUGUGGUGCAAAAAAAUAAACAAGAGAUAAUUUAACAGUUUGACAUAAAAAAUAAAGAAAUAAUAAUAAUGUGAAUAUGAUUAGUUUCACAAAUAAUAAUCACAACUCAUUUCCACGCUUCAGUAUAUUAAACUCAGUGUUUUUAUUUGCUUUGCUUAUCAGUCUUAACUUUAUUUCCAUCAGUAAAAACAUGCUGCUGAGAUGAGUUCUGGACAAAGGCCACCCUGAUGCAUCAGUCAAUAAGCAGAAAGGAGAUUGAUCCUCAAGUAACCCGAAUGACAAUCACACAGUCUGUCCACUGGUUUCCAGAGUAACACAAAAUGAGAACUAAGCUCAGAAAUAAAAGGUCAGAAACUAAACUGAAUAAAAGUGGCCUCAGCUCUUCGUUGUUAUGCUCCAUAAGUUUAAAAAGACGAAACCCAAGUUGCAUGUUUCUGUUGCAAGGAAAUGAAAGUCGACCAAGUCUGAACUCACUAGUCACCAUUAAUUAACUCGUAUCAGCUUAGAAGUUGAACAUCCUCCCUGUGAGGACUUCGUGCCUCUGUAAUCUGUG